AGCUCGAUUAGCGGUACUUAGUGGUUCCGGUGCCGCGCUGGCCGUUCAUUCCUCCUAGAGAUGCGGUGACGGGUCCGGAUUUGGCUCUUGGGGCGGUCGCCAUGGCUAAUGUGUAUUCCCUGGACGGGCUCUUGGUCUUUGGCUUGCUCUUCGUUUGUACCUGCGCAUACUUCCGGAAGGUGCCUCGCCUGAAAGCCUGGCUGCUCUCGGAGAAGAGGGGCGUCUGGGGUGUAUUUUACAAAGCGGCAGUGAUUGGUACCAGACUUCAUUCAGCAGUGGCAAUAUCCUGCAUUGUCAUGGCUUUUUAUGUCCUUUUUAUAAAAUGAAUCCCACUGCUUCAGAUGGACAACUGUUUAAAUGAAGAUGCUAUGCUCUUUUGCUUCAGAGGAUUGUACCUCUUAGCAGAAUUCACACAGAACCUAUACAGAUGGCAAGAAGAAAUUCUUCUGUGACCACGUCUUGCUUGAGACCAAGGGAGUGUUGCUUAGAUAGCAACAAUCUUUGCUUCUAAGAGAGUUUCAACAAAAAUCAAAAGUUUUAUGUGCAGAUUAUUAAAAUCAAUAUUACAGUCUAUACAAGAGAAAUAUCACAGGUUUAUGGCAAGUAGAAAUGAGUGAUGUUUUUCCAGAGCCGGAUAUAAUGUGGAAAUGGAAAGGUUACUCCUGGUGUUCCUUCUGUCCCCAAAAUGUAGUAGCAUUGAAGGGAUGUAGAUUUGUUUUCUUUGAUUAUUGCACUUUGAGCUUAGUUCCCAAACUCAUUAUAACAUGAAUAAUUGAAGAUAAGGAACUAGCCAAUGAUAGAAUAAAGCAUUUGUGCACUGUGAAAUUCUUGAAGAAUUGAAGUAUAAAGGAAACAAAAAUAUAAUUUGAUGAUAUUCACUUAUCUUUUGUUAAAAUUAAUAGUCUUGCCACCUCAUACAAAUGGCUGAGUAUGGUUAAACUGCCAUGUUAUUCUGUAGAACUCAGUUUGCAAGUAAGAAUUACAACUUAAACAUCCAAAAUGUGGUAUAGUAUAGGAGAAAGCAGUGGGAGCAUAUGCUGUUACAUAAGAUGUGAGAUGUUAACUUGUUUAAAUUACAUUUAAAGAUCAUAACUUGUAUAUUUUGAGAAGUGUACAGACUUAAAGAUUUGUUCUAGUCUUUAUUUUCAAUGAUAUACUUUUAAAUUCUCUUCAUUCCAUCCUUCCCCUUUAUAGUAACCUCCUGUCACCAUGUGCUUAAAGCAUAGGAGGUACUCUUCUAAAAUAGAAGCAGUAAAAGAGCAUGUUUGACUUGUCUGUUUAGUUUAUAAUGUUGUAAGUGCUUGACAAAUUCACAAAUAGUUUCAAGGUUGGCCCUAAACAUUUUUAAUCCAUUGUUUGUAUAAUACCAGUUCAACCUGAGAAAGAAAGCCAGUUUCUUUUUCAACAUUGUACAUUUUGUUAUAGACAAAAACUGUCACUAAUUACAUAUUUAUAAAUCAGCAAGAACACUAAAGCUAUAACUUGGCCUUUGGUAUUCCAGCAAUAUGCGUUUGAAUAAAUUUGCCUUAUUUUAUCUUCCCUAUA